AUGAAAACGUGCAGACUUACCUGCCACAAUAAACCCAACAAAAACCAAGAGAUAGUGAUCUCUUCAAAAGAUUUUGCAGAUGUUAAAGUCGGUGAUGUCUUGGAACUGUACCAUCCGGAUGAUGAAUGGAACCGCCUUCUGUUGCAAGUUAAAAGCUUGCCGGAUGAUUUUCAGCAAAGAGAUGCUGUCAGUGUAGAUCAGAGCAUUGUCAAUGCCUUCAGUUUGAGGCUCUAUCAAGACAUCGUUGUCAACAGGGUGGAUUCACAGAGUGUCAGCUUGGAUCUGGUUGAGUUGCUGUUUAAAGACCAGUACUUUGGCAGAUCAGACAUGUGGAGGCUCUGCAAAACUCUGGUGAACACUUGUGUGUACCUCAAGAAGCCAGUUGAGUUUGCUGAAAUGCGCGCAAGUGUUAAUGAACUGUGGGCACUUGGAGAAAAUGUCACAUCUGGAUUUAUCACUGAAGACACUAGAUUUGUGUUCCGAUCCCCAACAGCCGUUGUGCAGAUCUUCAUGCAAAUGAGUGAAGAAAUGUGGGAUUUUGAUCUUCAUGGUGACAUGUACUUUGAGAAGGCAGUUAAUGGAUUUUUGACCGAUUUGUUUGACAAAUGGAAGGAACAGAACUGUGUGCAUGAUGUAACCGUUGUCUUGUUCUCAAGAAUUUUCUAUGAAGCCCAGUCAGUAGAUGAGUUUCCAGUUUCAGUGAGAGAAUGUCUUCAGACAGACUACAGAGGUCGGAUUUAUGAGGAUUUUUACAGAGUUAUUGUGCAAAAUGAGCGCUAUGAAGAGUGGACACCAAUCUUACGUCAGUUGCGGAUACUUUGUAACGAGUAUCAAAAAGAGGUUCUUCAUUUCCAUGAGAGCAAGGGAUUAAAGAUGCCGAAGGCUAGUUUAUCUCUGGCUUCCCAAGGGAAUUUUCUGGAAACCUUAAACAUGUCCUUAAACUUGUUUGAGAACUACUACCUUGACCGUAAUUUUGACCGAACGGGUAAAGUUUCUGUGGUCAUCACACCAGGUCCAGGAGUGUUUGAAGUGGACAGGCAGCUGGCAAACAUCACCAAGCAGAGAACUAUUGACUGCGGAGUUGGAAGUGACUUGGUCUGCAUGGGAGAACAACCACUGCAUGCUGCCCCACUGUUCAAGUUCCAUAGCAAGAGCAGUCACAAGUCAAUUGAAGUAGGAGAUGAUUACAAUAUACCACACUGGAUGAAUCACAGCUUCUACAUGUCUAAAAACCAGAUAGAGAAUCACAUGAAUUCUCCCUUUGUGCCUCGGAUCAAGCCUCCACUUGCCUUGUUGAAAGAAUUGAAAGAACUGGAAGAGCGGCCUAAAUUACCACAGAAAAAUAUGUUGCCUACCAAGUAUGAUUCUAAUGACAACAUCCCGUUUGUUGACUAUGAUGAAUAUGAUGCUCAGGUGUUCAAAUUACCUGUGGGAACCAUGCCUAGGACUUUCUCAGUAAGAGGCACCAGCAGUGCAGGAAUUUCUCGCAGUCCAGCCUUGCCGAAAACAUUUGUAGAAGCCAAGCAAAAACUGAAGCCACGCACUAGGCAUACCUCGGAUGAGCUUGCUAUGUACAGGAGUAGUGACGAAUCGCCGAAGAAUAAUUCACAGGCUAUUUUAAUACCAAGCAAAGUUGGCUCACACGAUGACAUGUCUUAUUCCUUUGGAUGUUAUCCUAUACAUGAAAAAGCUGUCAGCAGAGACUCGUAUGAAUCAUCCGAGAGUGACGAGCUAAUCCAUCAACGACCAGUUGUAGGCAGCGCAGGCUCCCCCGUGGGACAUUCACAUCUGCAUGCCUAUCGGCCACACAGGGCCCUGAUCAACCCCUUUGCUCCUUCCCGACUGCAGUUUAAAAUGACAAGCAACCGGAGGAGAUGGGUGCAUGCUUUCCCAGUUGAUCAGAGAGGUAUGGCCAUACAGGCAAGACACGUCCAUUCAGUGCCGCCCACUGAGAAUGAAAAUGAAUACCCGUGGUCAGAUAAGGAUGCAGGACACACCUUGAGGAGCCCCAGCCUAACAAUCACCACCGUCAGCAGUAGCAGGAGGCACAGGGAUUACCUGUCACCACAUGAUCAGAUGGAUACAGAGAGUGUUGACCGUCAGAGUCAGGGUGGAGAAAGUAUGACUGACUCACCAGUAUCCAGAUUUGAGCAUAUAGUCACUGUUGGAGCCAGGAAGAAUGUCUCAGAUACAAGCUCGCGACACCAGCACGGGUUGAAGCUGUUUGUCAACCAGAAAUCCAGAAUGUUUGAUUCUGCCAAGUCGAGAAGCACAGAGCAGGAAUGGUCGCCAGACAUGAACACAG